AUGACAGUCAGUUCCAAGCGCAUCUCGUUCGUAUGUGGUGGUCAAUUAUUGGCAUCGGUGCAUGCUAUUGUGCGUCGUGCACCUACAUGCACAGUUCUCGAAAGCUAUGAGGUAUGGAAGGGUGGCCAAAUACGAGCCAGCAUCCCAGAACCACUCGAAGAAGCACCAGCCAGCGAAGAGAUGUGA